AUGGCUGUGUGCGAUGAGCAGCCUCCGACAUGUGGUGGUUGUGCGAAGAGAGGCUUGCAGUGCGACUAUCAGGAGCUUGUACCUGCCAAAAAGGAGGCAAACCCGUCCUCCUCGUCGUCCUCUGCCUCCUUUUUCUCCUCCUCCUCUUCCCCCUCUGGCUUAUCCCUGGUGAAGGCGGCUUCCGAUGAAAAGGGCGUGAUAUUCGAGUUUCAUCCUUUGACACGCCUGGUCGGCGGUGGUGUUGGUGGCACUUCUGGCCAGGCCCACGACAAGCUAACACCCUAUUAUACCCCCCACACUAACAUCCCUAUUCGUACUUCACCGUCAUCAUCUCUAAGUCCCUACGUAAACCUCACGGACCAGGACUUGUUCCUACUGCACCACUACAGGACCACAGCAUGCCAUACCCUCUUCCACCACGGCGACCACCGUAAGGGCCAGAUCUGGCAGCAUCUGGUCCCCGAGCUGGCUCGCAUAUACCCCUUUGUCAUGCACAACAUCCUCUCCCUCGCUGCAAUGCAUCUCGCUACCGUCCAGCCGCAUAUGCUGCAAGAAUACACUCUCCUCGCUGCCAAACACCAGUCACAUGUGAUCAAAGCCGCCCAGGCUCGUGUGGCAAGUCAACAGGUAAACAGGGAAAACUGCAGUGCCGUUGUGAUUUGUUCGAGCCUGCUGCUUAUCUACGAACUCGCCAUCCUGCACCCGUCGUACUUUGUAUCGACGCGGGCAUCCGCAUCACCUUCUUCCACCGCCUCUUCUUCCUCUUUUUCGUCCUCUUUUUCGUCCGCUUCUUCUUCUUCCGUUUCUUCGUCCUCCUCCUCGUCCUCCUCUUCUUUACCGGUAGAUGAGAUUGUACAGAAGAUGCUCGUCAUGCGUCGUCUGGUUGGACUGUGGAACAUAAGUAUGCCCCUUUUCAGCCAGGGACCGGCUCGUUCCCUGCUAUGCACCGGGAAGCCUGACCUGACUAGUCCACUAGCGGUGGAAGUACGUCUGUCUCUUGAUCGGGUGCUGGCAGCUAGUAACACUCAUGUAACCGACAGGCAGCAAAGGAACGCAUACAGGGCCGCAGCUGACUCGCUUUGGCUCUGCUUCGAGUACUGUGUCUUGUCAGCUCCCCCAGACUGGUUCAGAGGCCUGGCAUGGCCAAAUAUGGUCUCUACACGCUUCAUGGCUGCGUUGGUAGAGAGGGAGCCCCUGGCUUUGGUGCUGGUUGCUCACUACUGUGCCCUGCUGUUUCUGCAUCCGGGUGGCUGGUGGAUGCACGGGUGGCCGCAGCCGCUGCUCACCUCCUUAGUUGGCGCCGUUGUCGCAGAUGAGAGUGACCCAAUUUCUCCUACUAAGGAUCUGUUUGCCUGGCCGGCGAAGGUCAUUGGUCUUACCAUAUAA